GAGAGAUGCGAGGAGGAAAGGAUGCUGCUGAGCUGCACUUUGCUCCAGUACUUGGCACAUCCUUUGCAGUACUGGCCGUUUCCUGAGCAGACAUGCUGCCUGCCUGCCUGCUAAGCAAUGCAGCCAUUCCCUGCUGCUCCCUUUGCAGGAAGAUGGAAUCGUAGCCGAGAGAGAGAGUGAGUGAGUGAUGCGGCCGCUGCACACAGACUGGCUGUGAGGGAGAAAAUUGGAGAGACUGGAAUAUGUGCCUGCCUCAGCAGCACUGCAGUGGAAAAGCCCCUGACUGAAUGCAUGCAGGUUUACUGCUCUUUAGGCAUUGCUACAGAGAACUCAGGAGUCAGAUGAAAUGCAUCGGCCUCCUUUUUCACUGCUUCUCUAUUGUCAUCGUGCAUUAAUUGCUGGGAGUUAUUUUCCUUCCUGUGGCUGACUGCCUGCAUCUUUUUUCCUACUGCAGGAGGAACAGUGAGGGAGAGAGCACACCACCAGCCCGGCGUCCUGUCCCACAAGAAGGCUCCUGCGUGAUGUGCCAGCCCAGUCAAGAGCUGCUGCAAUGGUGCAUAGAACCUCUGGAACACCUGGAUUUGGGAUUAUCAAUGGUUUAUAAAGUGGUCCCAGACUGCAUCUAGCAACUACCUGGAGACGCUGGCUGUCCUUUGGGGCUUACUGACUGCUUUCAAUUUUUCCUCUCGUUACUGCUUUCACACUCAUCUGGGUCGACAGCAUUUGAGUGAGGGGAAGGUACUUCCUCGGCAGGAAUCGGAGGGUGCUGCACGGAAAGUGCAGGGGUGAGCUCUGGAGGGGACUGCAGUCUGACCAGCCAUGGCUCAAGCAGCUAAGCAGCUGAAGAAAAUCAAAGAUAUCGAGGCUCAGGCUCUGCAGGAGCAGAAGGAGAAGGAGGAAUCCAAUCGCAAGCGCAGGAACCGUUCUCGGGACCGGAAGAAAAAGGCUGAUGCUGCAACCAGUUUCUUGAGAGCUGCAAGAUCUGGGAAUCUGGACAAAGCCUUGGAUCACCUCAGGAAUGGGGUAGAUAUUAACACCUGUAACCAGAAUGGGCUGAACGCCCUGCACCUGGCCUCCAAGGAGGGCCACGUGAAAAUGGUGGUGGAGCUGCUGCACAAGGAGAUCGUCUUGGAGACAACGACCAAGAAGGGAAACACAGCCCUGCACAUCGCUGCCUUGGCUGGACAACAGGACGUGGUCCGGGAGCUGGUGAACUAUGGGGCCAACGUCAAUGCGCAGUCCCAGAAAGGCUUCACACCUCUCUACAUGGCAGCGCAGGAGAACCACCUGGAAGUUGUGAAAUUCUUGCUGGAAAAUGGAGCCAACCAGAACGUAGCCACAGAGGAUGGCUUCACUCCCCUAGCUGUGGCUCUCCAGCAAGGACACGAGAACGUGGUUGCUCACCUUAUCAACUAUGGGACAAAGGGUAAGGUGCGUCUGCCUGCCCUGCACAUCGCAGCCCGCAACGACGACACUCGCACGGCUGCCGUGCUGCUGCAGAACGACCCCAACGCUGACGUCCUCUCCAAGACUGGAUUCACCCCUUUGCACAUUGCAGCCCACUAUGAGAAUCUCAGUGUGGCCCAACUGCUGCUGAACCGUGGAGCCAGUGUCAACUUCACACCCCAGAAUGGGAUCACUCCCCUCCACAUUGCUUCCCGCCGGGGCAACAUCAUCAUGGUACGGCUGCUGCUGGACCGCGGGGCCCAGAUCGAGACGAGGACCAAGGACGAGCUGACCCCUCUCCACUGUGCGGCACGCAAUGGACACGUGAGAAUUGCAGAGAUCCUCCUGGACCACGGGGCUCCCAUUCAAGCCAAAACCAAGAACGGCUUGUCGCCCAUCCACAUGGCAGCCCAGGGCGACCACCUGGACUGCGUGCGCCUGCUGCUGCAGUACAGCGCCGACAUCGACGACAUCACCCUGGACCACCUGACGCCCCUGCACGUGGCCGCCCACUGCGGGCACCACCGCGUGGCCAAGCUGCUGGUGGAGAAGGGGGCCAAGCCCAACUCCCGAGCCCUGAACGGCUUCACGCCCCUCCACAUCGCCUGCAAGAAAAACCACAUCCGAGUGAUGGAGCUGCUGCUGAAGACAGGAGCCUCCAUUGAUGCUGUCACAGAGUCUGGCCUGACCCCCCUGCACGUGGCUGCCUUCAUGGGACACCUGCCCAUCGUCAAGACUCUGCUGCAGCGUGGAGCCUCUCCCAAUGUGUCCAACGUGAAAGUAGAGACUCCUCUACACAUGGCAGCCAGAGCUGGGCACACAGAUGUGGCGAAGUACCUGCUGCAGAACAAAGCCAAAGCCAAUGCCAAGGCCAAGGAUGACCAGACUCCUCUGCACUGUGCUGCACGCAUCGGCCACACUGGCAUGGUCAAACUCCUUUUGGAGAACAACGCCAACCCCAACCUGGCCACCACAGCAGGGCACACGCCCCUGCACAUCACUGCCAGAGAGGGGCACAUGGACACAGCCCUGGCCCUGCUGGAGAAGGGAGCCUCACAGACCUGCAUGACCAAGAAAGGAUUUACCCCUCUCCACGUUGCAGCCAAGUAUGGAAAGGUGGAUGUGGCAGAGUUGCUGUUGGCACAUGACGCCCACCCCAAUGCAGCAGGGAAGAAUGGCCUGACUCCACUGCACGUGGCUGUGCACCACAACAACCUGGAGAUUGUCAGGCUGCUGCUUCCCAAGGGCAGCUCCCCACACAACUCAGCCUGGAAUGGGUACACCCCCCUGCACAUCGCUGCCAAGCAGAACCAGAUGGAAGUGGCCAGCAGCCUGCUGCAGUAUGGGGCCUCUGCAAACGCCGAGUCUAUGCAGGGAGUCACUCCCCUGCACCUGGCUUCCCAGGAGGGCCAUGCAGACAUGGUGGCACUGCUCUUCUCCAAACAAGCCAACGGCAACCUAGGCAACAAGAGUGGCCUGACUCCUCUCCAUCUUGUGGCCCAAGAGGGGCACGUGCAGGUUGCGGAUGUUCUGGUGAAACAUGGAGUCACAGUGGAUGCAAUGACCAGGAUGGGCUAUACCCCGCUGCACGUGGCCAGCCAUUAUGGGAACAUCAAGCUGGUGAAGUUUUUGCUGCAGCACCAAGCAGAUGUCAAUGCCAAGACUAAGCUGGGCUACACCCCCCUGCACCAAGCGGCCCAGCAGGGCCACACGGACGUGGUGACGCUGCUGCUGAAGCACGGCGCGUCCCCCAACGAGAUCAGCACCAACGGCACCACUCCCCUGGCCAUCGCGAAGAGGCUUGGCUACAUUUCUGUCACGGACGUGCUGAAGAUUGUCACAGAGGAAACCGACAUCCCGUCAGUCGGCGACAAGCACCGCAUGAGCUUCCCAGAGACCGUGGACGAGAUUCUGGACGUGUCCGAGGAUGAAGGCACUGCUCAUGUCACAGUAAUGGAGGAAGAGCUGAUUGCACCAAAGCCCAAGACACCUGAUCUCAGAGACCAGGAAGGCAAAAGAGAGAUGCUGGAGUUCAUGACAACGACACUGGAGCAAACGGUGGAGUCUCCAGCUGUCCUGCAGGUCCCCUGCAUCCCACCUGAAACUGUGGUGACCAGAGCUGAGGAGACUGAGCAGGUAGGACCUGUGGAGACAGAAGCUGAGCAAGUCAGCCUGCUGCAUGCACCCUCGGUGUCCCCACAGGAGCCCUCCAAAGAGUUCGAUGAGGACUCUCUGAUCCCCAGCAGCCCUGCCACUGAGACCUCAGACAACAUCAGCCCAGUGGCCAGCCCCGUGCACACAGGGUUCCUGGUGAGCUUCAUGGUGGAUGCUCGUGGUGGCUCCAUGCGGGGCAGCCGGCACCACGGGCUGCGCGUGGUCAUCCCGCCCCGCGCCUGCGCUGCGCCCACCCGCAUCACCUGCCGCCUGGUGAAGCCCCAAAAGCUCCCUGCACCCCCACCCCUGGCUGAGGAGGAGGGUCUGGGCAGUCGGAUCAUCGCUCUGGGGCCUGCUGGUGCCCAGUUCCUCAGCCCUGUCAUCGUGGAGAUCCCACACUUUGCCUCGUACGGGCGUGGGGACCGUGAGCUGGUAGUGCUGCGCAGCGAGAACGGCUCCGUGUGGAAGGAGCACCGCAACCGCUACGAGGAGAGCUACAUGGACCAGCUGCUCAACGGCAUGGAUGAGGAGCUGGAGAGCCAGGAGGAGCUGGAUAAGAAGAGGGUCUGCCGCAUCAUCACCACCGACUUCCCUCUCUACUUCGUGGUCAUGUCCCGGAUUUGCCAGGACUGCGACAUGAUUGGCCCUGAGGGAGGGUGUUUGAAAAGCACACUGGUGCCCAUGGUACAAGCCACCUUCCCAGACACUGCUGUCACCAAAAGAGUGAGGCUGGCCCUGCAGGCACAGCCUGUGCCUGACGAGCUGGUGACCAAGCUGCUGGGGAACCAAGCGACCUUCAGCCCCAUUGUCACAGUGGAGCCGCGACGGAGGAAGUUCCACCGCCCCAUCGGCCUCCGGAUCCCGCUGCCACCAUCCUGGAAGGACAAUCCCCGAGACAGUGGCGAGGGGGACACCACCAGCCUACGUCUGCUCUGCAGCGUGAUCGGAGGGACAGCCCAAGCUCAGUGGGAAGACAUAACAGGCACCACAAAGCUAGUCUAUGAAAACGAGUGCGCUAAUUUUACCACCAAUGUGUCUGCCAGGUUCUGGCUGGCCGACUGCCCACGCACGGCUGAGGCUGUGCACUUUGCCACCAUGCUGUACAAGGAGCUGACAGCCGUGCCCUACAUGGCCAAAUUCGUGGUGUUUGCCAAGAUGAACGACGCGCGGGAAGGCCGGCUGCGCUGCUACUGCAUGACUGACGACAAGGUGGACAAGACUUUAGAGCAGCAUGAGAACUUCACCGAGGUGGCCCGCAGCAGGGACAUUGAGGUGGUAGAGGGAAUGCCUUUGCACGUGGAACUCUCAGGGAACCUGGUGCCUGUCAAGAAGGCUGCUCAGCCCCGCACCUUCCUCUUCCAGUCCUUCCGGGAGAAUCGUCUUGUCAUUCCCAUCAAGGUGCGGGACAGCAGCCGGGAAGCCAGUGGCUCCCUGUCCUUCUUGCGCAAGGCCAUGAAAUACGAGGACCUCCAGCACGUGCUCUGCCACCUGAACAUCAGCAUACCACCCUGCACCAAGGGAAGUGGCAGUGAUGAGCGAAGGAGGACACUGACACCGCUGUCUCUGCGGGAGCGAUACAGCAUUCUAAGUGAGACCAGUUUUGGCUCUCUGAGCAGCACAGACAAGGCAGACCAGAAGAUGGUGGACAUAGCAGAACAGCUGGGCCUCAGCUGGGCGGAGCUGGCACGUGAGCUGCAGUUUGGGGUGGAUGACAUCAACAGGAUACGUGUGGAGAACCCCAACUCCCUUCUGGAGCAGAGCAUAGCCUUACUCAACCUCUGGGCCAGCCGUGAGGGCAAGAAUGUCAAGAUUGAGAACCUGUACACGGCGCUGAGGAACAUCGACCGCAGCGAGAUUGUCAACAUGCUGGAGGGCUCCGGCCGGCAGAGCCGCAGCCUGAAGGGAAGCUGGCGCUACACGGACAGAGACUACUCCCUCUCACCAUCCCAGAUGAAUGUGCUGCCAGGUUACGCUUCACUGCAGGACGAGCUGCUGUCCCCUGCCUCCCUGCAUUACACACUGCCAUCCCCGCUGCGUGCCGACCAGUACUGGAAUGAGGUGGCCAUCAUGGAUGCUAUCCCCAUGGCUGCCACUGAGCAGGAUGCCCUGAUGGAGAUGUCCGACAUGCAGGUGUGGUCCUCGGGGCUCACCCCCUCGCUGGUGACUGCUGAGGACUCCUCUCUGGAGUGCAGCAAGGCUGAGGACUCGGAUGCCACGAGCGAAGGCCGGUUCCCAGGGCAACUUCUAGCAGAUGCUCAUGGCCCAGACCACAUGGGCUCUAUGGACCUGGUUGAGGAUGACACAGUGGACUCAGAUGCCAUGAAUGGCCUGAUUCCGGGCUGCGGGGGCAGGAUGUGGGCUGUGCUGGCCCAGCUGCUGAUCGCUCUGGUGCUGCUGGCCUUCUUCCUGGUCAGCUGCCAGAACGUCAUGCACAUCGUCAGGGGCUCUGUGCGCUUCCUGCUCAAACACGCCCACCGUGAGCUGGACAAGGAACUCGGGGAGAGCCAGGGGCUGGCGGAUGACGAGGAGGCUCUCUCGGCCAGAGUCGUCCGCCGGCGGGUCCUGCUGAAGGGGAACGAAGCCCUUCAUCUCCCUGGAGAGCAGGUGACUGAGGAGCAGUUCACAGAUGAUCAAGGCAAUAUCAUCACCAAGAAGAUUAUCCGGAAGGUGGUGCGUCAGCUGGGCCCUGGUGACAUGGGUGACAGGCAGGAACAGGAGGAGCUGAUCCUGGAGGGCUCCCUACAGGAGCCCCAAGACCUGGAGGCCGAGGACGAUCACUUCAUGAAAUACUCCAUCUUGCACCGGGAUGGUCUGGGCGCCAAGGAGGAGGUGCGAGUGCGUGUCCCGAAACCAGAGGUCUCUGGGGGCAGGAUGGGGGCUCAGAUAGUGAAACGAGCCAGCCUGAAAAGGGGCAAGCAGUGACCCCUCAAAUGGCCUCUUUUGAGGAUCGCACCUCAACACCAAACCACUGAACUUCACACACGUUCUGACACAUACCUGAGAAGAGAGGAGAGGAGAGCAGAGAGUGGAGGGGAGCAGGGCUGGCUGUACAUGUUUCUAUAGGCUAAUGGCAUGAUUUCUGUAUGAGAUAUACUUCCCGUCCUAUCCGCAUGACUGACUGACUGCAAGACGCAUGAGCUACAGUACUUAAAACAGAUGAGGGGCCUCCAUCCUUGCCCCGCUGCUGCCAGGAGCCCAGAGACAGCACCACACGCCAGGGGCAUGCUCUCAACUCCUUUGGGAGGCAAGAGCUGGAGCAGAAGAAAAGGAGAGGGGAAGAGAUUCCACCUCCGUGCGAUUGCGUGCGUAGAUGCAUCCCCAGGUCUGUGCUCCAGCUGCAAGAGGAAAGCUGGGACAGCAUGGCACUGCUCACCGUGGAAGGAGAGGUGCUUGGCCCCCCUGCAAAUGCCUGUGCUGCCUCUGCUGGACUUGCUUCUCAUCCCUCCCUGUGAGUGUUGGGUUUUGGGGAGGGCAGCAGUGGCCAGAGAGGGCAGGGGGAGGCUGCAGGGAGCGCAGCUGCCCUGGGCAGAGGGACUGGUGCAGGGCUGCCCUUCCUCUCCCCAGCACGUGCAAAGUCUCCCAUCAGGGCAGAGCUCUGGGCUGAGCACUGAGCUCGUUGCUUAUGUUGAAAGUGUAAACUGUACAGCAAUCAGCCUUGUGUAUAUGAACCAAUAAAUACUAUGCAAACCCCUAGGGACACUCUAGCAGUAUGUACAAAGCACUGACAGCUCUGCUCUCAUAUACCUCUUCAGGCUGCAGGAUGGGCAAAGCCUUUGGAAGGUGUGAGCAGCUCUGGUGAAUGGAGCAGGAAGGCUAUAGGAGUGAGAGGGCAGCAGCCUGCCCCUGUCCUGUGCCCCUCUGCCUGAGCCUGGCCCCUUCCUGGCCUGAAGAGGGGGGGCUAGAGGUGCAGUCCCACGGUCCAGCCCCAGUUUGUGUUGGCUCCAGCUGGGUUGAAGCUGUAGGCCUGCGUUGAGGUGCUCGGGGCCCAGGGAGGAUGUGCAGUGAGAGAGAGCAGGAGGUGCUUGUGCCACACGUGGGGUUGUGCCUAGCUCUACUCAGCACAAUAUCUGCUCAGGAGAUGAGCCAGGAGCUAGCAAUAGCCAGCAGCCGUGCAAUAAGCACCCCAGGCAAGGGCUUUGCAGGGACCUGGCCUCCCUGCAAGGGGGGUUAACAGCCCUGGACACUGACUCUCCCGGGACCAAACCCAGAGCCAUGGGAGCUGCUGCCCCGGUGGCUGCAUUUUCUCCAGGUGGAAUCUGCCUGAGCCCUGGGGGCUGGGGCGGGUCUGGGGGCUGCAUUUUCUCCAGGUGGAAUCUGCCUGAGCCCUGGGGGCUGGGGCGGGUCUGGGGGCUGCAUUUCCUCCAGGUGGAACCCGCCUGAGCCCUGGGGGCUGCUCUGGCAGGAGAGCCGUGCUGGGCAGAGCUGCCCAGGCAGCGCAGAGCUGGGCACUACAUUGAUCCUGUUGUAAUACUUGACCCCAGGAGCGCAGGGAGAAGGUGGUGGCGCUUGGUCCCAGGUCCCCCGACCCUGUCCUUUACCCAGCUGAUGUGGGGACCUGGCCUUUGUAGCACAGUGAUGUGGGGACCCCCUGCUCUUUCUCCUGGAAGUGGCCACGGAGCUGCUUUGCAGAGUUUGAGUUUGUCCUCUGUGGCCAGGUGCGGAACGGGCGCCCCUCCAGCUUCAGGCUACGUGCUGGUGGCCUCGGCAGGGCAGCCCUGCCUUUCAGUGGGUGCACAUCUGCCAGGAGAGCCCCUGGCUGCCCUGCAGCCGAGAAGAAGCCUCGCUGCAGCGAAGCGACUGACCCAGCUUAGCCUUGGAGAGCAAAGCAGUCCCCUCCCCGCCCCAAAGUUGAGCCAUAGAGGCACAGACUCUCCAUCCAUCACCCUUGCUGCGUACAAUAACCUCCCUAGACCCACUGCAACAGCUGACUCCGUAGCAUCACCCUAGAGUUGUGUGUGGGUCCAGUGCUUUGGCCUUGUGUAUGCCGUAGGGAAUGUGCUGUGCUGCAACCGUGCCAGGCACCUGCAGUGACAUUGCUUCGCGCUCAGAUUGCUUGUAGGGCUGGUAGGGGGAGGCUGCACCCGACAUUGAGCCUAGAGAAUGCUGCAGUCUGCACACUAGAAGCUUUUUAGAAGUUUUAAAAAUUACUUUUAUUUUCUUUUUUUAAUUGUUAUGGAAACAAGCCUUUUGGAUCUCCCUGUCUUAGGCCCUGAUGUAUAGAUCAUUUCCCUGUACACCAGCUAUCAGACUAUGAAUUAAUAAAUAAAUCAACACAAA